AGUAAUAUACUUUGAGACUAUGAUAUGAUGGAUAUGGCCUCUCGUCAAGAGACCAUAAUAAGGUUCACGAGCUUGAAGGAUGUGAAGCUGCCGCCGGAGACGGCGGGAAUCCAACGGUGGCAGAGAAGCAGCAGCUGGGAGGAGAUUCCGUUGAAAGACCCGUUACUUCAGCGCGCCGCGUGGGCGUACCUUCAGGCGGCCGUGGUGCCGCCGGAGAACCGCCGGGUGCGCUUCUUCCGCAGGGUGAAGGAGAAGUUCUCCGGCGUGUUCGGCUGCCUCCACGGCGUCGCAUCCGCCGUCUUUAAUGCCUUGGCUUUAUUGCCAAGCAAUCCGCCGGCAACGGAAGAUGACGUUCUGUUGCCAUCAUCCUCGCCACCCAAUACGUAAUACUCUGUAAUUCUUUUCACAUUCAAACCUUAUGUAUACUCUGUAAUUCUUUUCACAUUAGUUUACUUCUAGAUUGUCGAUUAGUAAUUAGUAAUGCCAGUACUAUAAUACUCACUCAAUUACAUGUUUUUAACUAUGUCAUUAAAACACUCUAUCUUAACUUGGAGAAAAGAUGUUUAUUUUUGUUAUAUUCGCUGUUUUUAAUUUAACCAAUGUGAUUCUAAUUAUGUAGUAUGAAUUGGUACGUCGGUGAAAUAAGAUUGUUGUUAAUGU